AUGAUCGCUAUUAAUUUUAAUACGAUAAGCGACUAUCACUGGGACGAGCACGAUGAUCCAAAUUCCUUAUGUUGUUUGGUCGCAUUGGGCGAUUUUGAUGGAGGCGAACUUUGCUUCCCACAACUCCAGAUCGUAAUACCUCUCAGGCCUGGACAAGUUGUUGCAUUUUCCUCACGGCUCCUUUUACAUGGCAAUUUUCCUGUCACGAGAGGGAUAAGGCACAGCGUCGUAUAUUUCGUCCAUAGUAUGUUCUUCCACCAUCUGCGUAAUUUUACCGAGAUUUACAAAGAUCGAAAAGAUGGAAUUGAGCGGGAUGUGAAUGGAUCGGCUGUUCCUACGGUUUCCCACCAAGACUUGAAUAAUGCGAAUGGAUUAAACCGGAUAAUCAAUCUCGACAGGCCGAAAGCCAAUCAGAUUCGAGUUCCGCCGUCAUCCACUGAUUGUAGGAGAGGAUGUAUCGAUUUGUCGCGUGCCCGACGUGGUUUAAAGGCUGAAGAUCCGUUAUCCGAUUCUGAAUAG